ACACUCUUCACCGAGAUGGACACACUGCAGCACGAGGCAGACGGGCUGGAGUGGAAGGAGUCUGCUAGGUGGGUGAAGUUCGAGGAGAAGGUGGAGGAGGGCGGGGAGAGGUGGAGCAAGCCCCACGUGUCGACCCUGUCCCUGCACAGCCUGUUUGAGCUGCGCACCUGUCUGCAGGAGGGCACGGUGCUGCUGGACCUGGAGAGCUACUCCCUGCCCCAAAUAGUGGACGACGUCAUCGAGAGGCAGGUGGAGGAGGGCCUGCUGGAGCCGGAGUCCAGAGAGAAGAUAGCGUACGUUCUGCUCAGGAAACACCGGCACCAGACCAAGAAGCCCAUCCACCGCUCCCUGGCCGACAUGGGCAAGCCGUCCGGCUCCAGCCGCAGUCAGAGCGUGAGCCCCGGCGUUGGGGCGGGGUACAACCGAUCCUCCGAGGACCUGCACAUGAAGCAGGGCGGGGGCUAUGGCCGUCUGCGCCACGCCCAGAGUCGGAGCAUGAAUGACAUCGCAGACACACCCAGCGAGGACCAGCUGAAGAACAAGUUCAUGAAGAAGAUUCCCCCUGACGCCGAGGCCUCCAACGUGCUGGUGGGCGAGGUGGACUUCCUGGAUAAGCCCUUCGUGGCCUUCGUGCGAUUGGACCAGGCCACCACACUGGGGGGGCUGACCGAAGUGCCCGUGCCCACCAGGUUUUUAUUCAUGCUGCUGGGUCCCCCUGGGAGGGCCAAGUCUUACAACGAGAUUGGCCGAGCCAUCGCCACGCUCAUGGUGGAUGACCUCUUCAGUGACGUGGCCUACAAGGCGCGGGACCGCGAAGACCUGAUCGCCGGGAUCGAUGAGUUCCUCAACCAGGUCAUAGUGCUGCCCCCGGGGGAGUGGGACCCCAACAUCCGCAUCGAGCCCCCCAAGAAGGUCCUCUCCGCAGACAAGAGGAAGACCAUCUUCUCUCUGCAGGAGCUGGGCCAGAUGAACGGGGCUGCAGGCAGCGGUGGGCGGGUCUCUGAGGACGAGGAGAUGCCCGUCGCUCACGAGCCGGGAGAGGAGCUGGCCUACACCGGGAGGUUCUGCGGAGGGCUGAUCCUGGACCUGAAACGGAAGUUGCCAUGGUUUCCCAGCGACUUCUACGACGGCCUGCACAUCCAGUCCGUAUCUGCCGUUCUGUUCAUUUACCUGGGCUGCAUCACCAACGCCAUCACCUUCGGGGGCCUGCUGGGUGACGCAACGGAAAACUACCAGGGCGUGAUGGAGAGCUUCCUGGGCACUGCCCUCACGGGGACGAUCUUCUGCCUGUUCGGGGGCCAGCCACUCGUCAUCCUCAGCUCCACGGGACCCAUCCUCGUCUUCGAGAAGCUGCUGUACGAGUUCAGCAAGAGCAACGGCCUGGAUUACAUGGAGCUGCGCUUGUGGAUCGGACUGCACUCCUGCAUCCAGUGCCUGCUCCUGGUCGCCACGGACGCCAGCUACAUAAUCAAGUACAUCACGCGCUUCACCGAGGAGGGCUUCUCCAGCCUCAUCUCCUUCAUCUUCAUCUCCGACGCGCUGAAGAAGAUGCUGGCCGCCUUCGCGUACUACCCCAUCAACUCCGACUUCAAGCCCGACUACGUGACCUUCUACAAGUGCGAGUGCCUGCCACCAGACCCAGUCGCUCGGACGAUCUUCGACGUUUCAGCUUCGGUCGUCCCGGACAACAGCACCAGUCUCUCCACGUCGAACGCAACCGCCCCGGACUGGACCCAGCUCGGUAACAAGGACUGCCUGACGUCCGGGGGCUCCCUCGUGGGGAAAUCCUGCGGCUUCGUCCCUGACCUGGCCCUCAUGUCCUUCAUCCUCUUCUUCGGCACCUACUCCAUGGCCGUCUCGCUCAAGAAGUUCAAGUUCACCCGCUACUUCCCGACAAAGCUCCGGAAGCUCAUCAGCGACUUCUCCAUCUUCAUGUCCAUCAUGACGUUUGUGGGUCUGGACAUGUACAUGGGGCUGAAGACCCCCAAGCUCAUUGUGCCUUCUGAGUUUAAGCCAACGCGUCCGGACCGGGGCUGGGUGGUGACUCCAUUUGGGAAGAACCCCUGGUGGAUGUACCUGGCCAGCUUUGUGCCCGCCCUGCUCGCCACCAUCCUCAUCUUCAUGGACCAGCAGAUCAGCGCCGUCAUUGUCAACCGCAAAGAAAACAAACUCAAGAAGGGCUGCGGGUACCACCUGGACCUGUUCUGGGUCGGGAUCCUGAUCGCAGGCUGCUCCUUCAUGGGAUUACCGUGGUACGUGGCGGCCACCGUCAUCUCCAUCGCCCACAUCGACUCGCUCAGGAUGGAGAGCGAGUCCAGCGCCCCCGGGGAGCAGCCACAGUUCCUGGGAGUCCGGGAGCAGAGACUGACAGGGAUAUUGGUGUUUGUGCUAACAGGAGUCUCCAUCUUCCUCGCACCUAUAUUACAGUUUAUCCCCAUGCCGGUCCUCUAUGGAGUCUUCCUCUAUAUGGGCGUGGCCUCUCUCAGUGGCAUCCAGUUCUGGGACAGGAUCAAGCUCUACAUGAUGCCAGCCAAGCACCAGCCGGACUACUCGUACCUGCGGCACGUCCCCCUGCGCCGGGUGCACCUCUUCACCCUGGUGCAGGUCGUCUGCCUGGCCGUGCUCUGGAUCCUCAAGUCCACUGUGGCCGCCAUCGUCUUCCCUGUCAUGAUCCUGGGACUGAUGGGGGUGCGGAAAAUGCUGGACAGGGUGUUUUCUCAGCACGACCUGGCCUGGAUGGACGACAUCCUCCCGGAGAAGGACAAAAAGAAAGAUGAAGAAAAAGAAAAGAAGAAAAAAGAGAAGAAGCCCAAAGGCGGGGAGGACGGCGAGGAGGAGCAGGAGAAGAUCCGUCCCUACUCCAACUGCUCCCCCGGUGCUUUGGACGCAGACCGCAGCAUCACCCUGCACCUGAAGAUCUCCUGCCCCCCCUCCCCGGCCACGCCCCUGUCCCAAGGCAUGUCCUGCCCCAUGCCCCAGCUCAAGAUCGAGAUGGACUCCAGCUACGACGACACCGACUCCGACCACCGCCGCAGAGACCGGAGCGGAGAGACCACGCUCUAGAACCACAGACACGACACUGACCACUGCCACAGAGACCGGAGAAGAGAGACCACGCUCUAGAGCCACAGACACGACACUGGCCACCGCCACAGAGACCAGAGAAGAGAGACCAUGCUCUAGAACCACAGACACGACACUGACCACCGCCACAGAGACCAGAGAAGAGAGACCACCCUCUAGAGCCACAGACACAACACCAACACUGACCACCGCCACAGAGAGACCACGCUCUAGAGCCCACAGACAUGACACUGACCACUGCCACAGAGAGACCAUGCUCUAGAGCCACAGACACUACUGUGGGCACUGACUGACUGUACUGUCUCCUGCUGUGGAUUCUGGCAGCACUGACACUGUAACUGACUCCAGAGUCUGUACAUACUGACAAGGCUCUGACACUGUAACUGACUCCAGAGUCUGUACAUACUGACAAGGCUCUGACACUGUAACUGACUCCAGAGUCUGUACAUACUGACAAGGCUCUGACAC